UCUUCUGUUCGAUGUUUUAAAGUUUUGGCUUUUAUGUAUAAUUGUUCAUGGCAUGUAAUGUUAUGGCUUCGUGUUCUUAAAAAGAAAGGAGUGCAUCAUCGAAAACAUAUACAGUCCUAGGUCGUGGGUCGUGGGUCGUGGGUCUUGGGUCCUUGGUCCUGGGUCCUAGGUCCAGCGUCCGGAGUCCAGGGUCCUGCCUAAAUGUCCUUGGUCCUUGUUUUCCGGUAUGCCAAUAUUUCAAUUUACGAAUUAAGUAGUCCAUAUCCGAUGCGAAGAAAUGACAGCUGACUUAAGCGAUUGAUCAUUCCGUGCUUGAUUUCUUUAAUUUUAAGUCAAUAGAAGAAAAAAACGCGGAGGCUUUCUAACACUUUGCAAAAUUAAUAAACUGAUUUUUAUUCCAUUCUGCAUGCUUUUUAGUAACCUUCAGAUUUCAAUGUUUAUAAACAAUUAAGACUUUAAGCAAGUCAAUUGAAGCUGUAUUUGAUUUAAAUUGAAAUGGAAAUGUAAAGGAAACCUAAUUGAAAUGGAAAUUGGUUCGCAGCAUUUCCUUUUUUCGCAUCGUAAUUUCAGAGGGUUGCAACUAAAAGGCCAAGAAAAGCAUCAAGACAAAAAAGUAUAUUCUUAUUGAAAAGACGGAAAAUAUCGUAGACAAAGAUGCUACGAGAAUAUGGAGUAGUAAGUCGUUGUCUGUCGCUGGUUCCAAACAAUCCAGGGAACCCGUACACUACAAUUGCUGGAGCCAUUAUGAUUAUAUUUGCCUUUUUCAAUAUCCUGUCAAACUCCCUUUUGAUUUUCGCAUUGUACAAAUCGAAGCAGCUACGGACAUUUUCAAAUAAAUUUAUUCUCAUAAUGACAGUGUCAGAUUUGUGCUUGGGAAUGUUUGCAAAGCCUAUACUGGGAGCAUUCUGGAUAUCAAGUAGACAAAGAAACUGCCUUGAGCUCAAAUCUGUUGAAUUUACAGUGAUUUUUUUGGGAUAUAUUUCAUUCUUUAUGAUAAUCACAAUUUCUCUAGAUCGGUACCUUCACGUCGCAAAACCGAUUCGAUAUCAGACAAUGAUGAACACUAAUCGGAUGACCCUAUUGGUUGUAUCUUGUCUUAUUAGUGGACUUGUUGCAGCUACGAUUACCGUGAUAUGGGAGUCCUUCUACCGUCAGUUAACCAUUGUGAUUUUUAACUUUUCGCUUAAGACAGUUUUUCUCAUAUUGAAUACAAAAACAUUAAAAACUCUUGAGAGACACCAAGAAAAUGCAGUCUUCCGUUUUCAACCUGGCAAUCGAAAAGAUACGUCCAAUUUUCGAACAGAGCGUCUAGCUGCAGUGAAAACAAUCUGUUUGGUCUUGGGUUUGUUUCUUAUCUGCUACAUCCCCUAUGACGUUUCUUCAGUUUUCUGGACGUAUCGUAAAUUCAACAGAAAUUCUGCACCCGGAGUUCUGCUGGAUACAAUUUACAUAUGGAGUAGUGUAAUUGCGGCUAGUGUCAGUUUUCUUAACUCAUUGAUUUUUAUACAUGGAAACACAAAAUGUCGCAGAGUUGUAGGAUCGCUUUUAUUUAAGAGUAGCGAAGCUCCUUGGUGAAAUAAAAUAUACAGGAGCUGGGAGUAUUGCAGCAGCUUCGCUAAUCAGGGCAAGUUUAAAGCAUUGCAGGCUCCUUUCGGCAAUUCUUUCUCAAUGAACGAGAGUAGUCAGGCAUGAUCCAGACCAACCCUCCCUAAAUGUUUAGCAUUCGCACGGCCAUUGUUAUAUUGACGACUAUUUCAAAGGUAUGCUAGAAAAUCAUAAUCAACUUUCGAAAUGAGUAACUAGCUGCAUUGAAAAUACUUCGUUUAGUUAUGAAAGUAUUUCGUGUUUACUAGUGUCCAUUCAACAUUGCGUUCGCCGUUUGGUGUCAUAGAUGCCUUCUUUGAGUGGAGUGCUAUAGUCAUAUUCGCAAGAGCAAGGGCAGAUUUUGUAACAAUAGGUUCUUUGGUUUGUUUACAUUUUGUUGACUAGCCAAUCAGAGAGCUCUAUUUCUAUGGCGUCAUCUGAUGGUAAUGGCGGAUGGAGGGGUUUGCUGUGGAGAAAACGACACCCUCGUUUUUUCCUCGCGACGAAAAUAUACUUUGAGAAAAACUCGAGAUUUUUUGCACCCGUAUAGAACGAUAAAUUUUAAACGUAAUUUUAUUGGCACUGAAGCUUAUGCCACUGAAGUUGCAUUUAGCAAAUUACGAUCUUCAUUUUUAUCAGCAGGGCCACAAAGGGCCACACCGGGCCACACCGGGCCCAGGGGCAGGCCCAGUGCUCGAGCCCCUGCCUCACCAAAACAAUACACCUAAAAUCUAUCUAAUAUGGAUUUAGAUACAUAUAAUUUUCGUUAUCUAGUUGCUAUUUAUAUUCAUAAGGUAUUGUUAAACUUUCCGGGAACAGAUACGAUUAGUUUUUCUUAAAGUUAUCCUGUUAUUAAAAGUCAGAUUUUGCCCCAGGGGCACUUGCCCCCUUGCUCCUCCUC